UACUGUUUGCCGGCCACAGCCGGUUCAUGUGCAAUCCGUUUACCGCGGGCACAACUACUCGCCAACGCCGCCACGCAUGACGACCACGACCGUUCGAUUUGUAUUGUAAUAACAAUUGAUACAUGUUGUUGUAGUUUUCGUUUGGUUUCUGCCUUUUUUUAUUUCCAAAAUGAAGCUCUUGCCGGCGUUGUUAAUCCGUUUUUUAUGGGCGUCCCGGUUGACCACCACCACCGCCAUAGGUUUUCAGAAUUAUAGAGAAAUACACACCGACGACGCGGUGAUCUUGGAAGCGUCGCCGGCAGAAAACGUCCCGGACGAAGUGGUGCCGGACGACCAAAACACACAGCAGACCAGCACCAGUGUUGACCAGCACAGAACAAAACGGCAGACCCAAUGGGCAAUAGUUCCUGGACCUUGUUUGACGGGCAGAGGUGCCCUAGGGAAGUGCGUUAACUUCCGUUCGUGUUACCCGUACAUCAAGUUACCGAACCUGCAUUACUGGGAAUCCUGGGUGAUGGGAAUGUACGACGCUUGCACUUACAUAAGCCUCGACCAUCAACAGUCAUACGGCGUAUGCUGCACUCAACCUGGCAUCUUAAGUCCGGGACUUCCCAACAGCGACGGAACGUUCCCGUCUUUCUCGAUGCCGCCUUCCAAUUGGCCACCGCCGCUCCCGACUCAUCCCACCCAUCCCGCUCAUCCCACUCACACACCGCCAAGUCCUCAGUUCCCGGGAUGGCCGCCGCAGCAACAUCCGCAGCAUAUAAACACGGACGAAGUAGCCAAUGCCAACGUUUCGUCGACGACUCCUUCGAACAAACCGAACGUGACCCCCCCAAGCACGGAGAAUGCAGGCAACGGACAAUACGAAUGUGGUAUAAAAAACGUUAUUGGUUACCAACAAGAUCAGGAGAGAAUUGUCGGCGGGCAAAACGCAGAGCCCGGAGAAUGGCCUUGGAUAGUUGCUAUUUUCAAUUCCGGGAGACAUUUUUGCGGCGGAUCCUUAAUUGACGAUUCUCAUAUCCUAACCGCUGCUCAUUGCGUUGCCCACAUGAGUUCGUGGGACGUGGCCAGACUGUCGGCUAAUCUCGGUGAUUAUAACAUCAAAAGCAAAUCUGAUGUAAAACACUUGGAGAGACGAAUCAAAAGGGUAGUCCGGCACAAAGGAUUCAACCAAAUGACUUUGUACAACGAUAUUGCAAUCCUCACGCUCGACAAACCGGUGACGUUCUCCAGAGAAGUGCAUCCAAUAUGUUUACCUCAGCAGAGCAAAGCCUUGUACUCCGGACAACAGGCCACGGUCAUCGGCUGGGGUAGUCUGAGAGAGAGCGGUCCACAACCGGCAGUUUUGCAAAAAGUCAGCGUACCAGUUUGGACUAAUCAAGAGUGUAAAAGCAGAUACGGUUCGGCAGCUCCCGGUGGAAUAGUAGAGCAUUUCUUGUGUGCCGGGAAAGCAGCCAAAGACUCUUGUAGCGGAGACAGCGGCGGUCCUCUGAUGCUCAACGAAAACAAAUGGACCCAGGUCGGCAUUGUCAGUUGGGGAAUAGGCUGCGGCAAAGGACAAUUCCCCGGAGUGUACACUCGAGUAACGUCGUUUAUGCCUUGGAUAAUGAAAAAUUUGAAAACUUAACGCGGUUUUUAUUAAGCCAUACGAUCACGCGGUGGUAACACUUAUUACCUUUGUAAAUAGCUAGGUGUAAUAAUUAUUAUUAUUAAUAUAAUCUUUACUUUAUACUUUUA